CGCGGUGUGAGGCGGCGGCGGGCCGAGCGCAGGGGGCGGCGGGCAGAGCGCGGAGCCGACGGCGGCCGCUGCCGGCACAGCCAGCAUGUCCUCCAUCCUGCCCUUCACUCCUCCCAUCGUCAAGCGGCUCCUGGGGUGGAAGAAAGGCGAGCAGAACGGGCAGGAGGAGAAAUGGUGCGAGAAGGCGGUGAAGAGCCUGGUGAAGAAGCUGAAGAAGACGGGGCAGCUGGACGAGCUGGAGAAGGCGAUCACCACGCAGAAUAUCAACACCAAGUGCAUCACCAUCCCCAGAUCCCUGGAUGGGCGGCUCCAGGUGUCCCACAGGAAGGGCCUCCCCCACGUCAUCUACUGCCGCCUGUGGCGCUGGCCGGACCUGCACAGCCACCACGAGCUGCGCGCCAUGGAGAUGUGCGAGUUCGCCUUCAACAUGAAGAAGGACGAAGUCUGUGUGAACCCCUACCACUACCAGAGAGUGGAGACCCCAGUGCUGCCUCCGGUGCUGGUGCCUCGGCACACGGAGAUUCCGGCCGAAUUCCCGCCCCUGGAUGACUACAGCCACUCAAUCCCAGAGAACACUAACUUCCCAGCAGGUAUCGAGCCCCAGAGCAACUACAUUCCAGAGACCCCUCCUCCAGGCUAUUUGAGUGAGGAUGGAGAAACCAGUGACCACCAGAUGAACCCCAGCAUGGAUGCAGGUUCUCCAAACUUAUCACCAAACCCCAUGUCUCCAGCACACAACAAUCUGGAUCUGCAGCCUGUGACCUACUGCGAGCCGGCCUUCUGGUGCUCCAUAUCCUACUACGAGCUCAACCAGAGGGUGGGAGAGACUUUCCACGCCUCCCAGCCCUCCAUGACCGUGGAUGGCUUCACUGACCCCUCCAAUUCCGAGCGCUUCUGCCUCGGUUUGCUGUCCAACGUCAACAGGAACGCGGCCGUGGAGCUCACGAGGCGACACAUCGGCCGCGGCGUGAGGCUGUACUACAUCGGCGGGGAGGUGUUCGCCGAGUGCCUCAGCGACAGCGCCAUCUUCGUGCAGUCCCCGAACUGCAACCAGCGCUACGGCUGGCACCCGGCCACCGUCUGCAAGAUCCCCCCGGGCUGUAACCUGAAGAUUUUUAACAACCAGGAGUUCGCUGCUCUGCUGGCGCAGUCGGUGAACCAGGGCUUCGAGGCCGUGUACCAGCUGACCCGCAUGUGCACCAUCCGCAUGAGCUUCGUCAAGGGCUGGGGCGCCGAGUACAGGAGGCAGACUGUGACCAGCACUCCCUGCUGGAUCGAGCUGCACCUCAACGGCCCCUUGCAGUGGCUGGACAAGGUCCUCACGCAGAUGGGCUCCCCCAGCAUCCGCUGCUCCAGCGUCUCCUAAGGAAACUCCUCCUGGGGGCCCGUGGGGGGAGCAGAGACUCUGGAAAACCCUUAGGGAAAGGCAUAGUAAACAACUCCCCAGUUAUUCAAGCGAUGAGAAAAAAUCUGCUUCAAAACAAAUAAGUGGGUUUUCUUUGUUUUGUUGUUGUUUUUAAAUACCCAUUUAAGCCACUUCCACUGAAACUGUCGGCACUUUGGUUGGGAUGCUCCGGGGCCGCUGCAGUUGGAAUUUGGAGCUGGAGUUUGUGAGGAUAAAGAGCUGGAUGUUGUUGCAGUGGAGAGCAGGCAGUGCCCGCCUGGCUCUGGGCUGUGUGAGCGCACAGGAGCCAUCUCAGCUCCCAGGAAACUUUCCCUUUCCCUCACACAAAUCCAGACUCGGGUCCUGCAGCAUCCCAGGAACACCAGAGCCUGUGGGACUCCGGGAUGGAAACACCAGACCCCAUAGGACUCUGGGGUGGCUCCUGCUCAUGCAUUCCUUUACCAUCCACCUGAUCCACACCUGGCACUGGAGCAGCACGGGGGGAAGGAGGCAUUUCAAACACCCAAAAGAACAAAUUCCCACAGGAAUGUUCCAAAAAGGAAGGAAUUUCCCACACUGGACUGCCAGCAAGGAGGCAGAGCUUUGCCUGGUGCCCGAGGGAUGAUGCCCUCUUGGAUCAGCCUGGAUUCACGUGGAGCAAAAAGCCCAGUCUGAGGCUCUUUCUGGUGUUGCUGCAGUGAUUUUUGACUGGAGCUGCUCCCAGAUGGACAGUUGUCCCGUGGGGAGCCCUGCCUGGAGCAGUUAAAGCUCUGUUCUCUGCAGUCUGUUUGCAUUAACUACAGCGAGUCUGGGUUGUGUUUUCCCAGUCUCUGCCUCUCCCAAAGCCCGAGGGGCUCCGUGGGCUCCGUGUCCAGGUGGAGCGGGGAUGGAAUGAGCAGGUCCUGGCUGCCAGUGUGGAGCACCCCUGGAGGGGGGAUCCUGUGCUGUCACAUGCAACAGCCAGGACAUCUCAGACACAACCACCCCUCUGUGUAAAACUUGUUCCAGCUGAUGAAAAUGCUCUAAGAUGUGUUUUUGCCUGGAGAAAAUGGGAGAGUGUGUAUUUACUUGUAUUAUAAAAUGUUCAUUUUAAACAUACAUGCUCCAGACUGUUUAAUAUUUUUUUUCCCUGCAGCAACUGUCGUGGCAAACAACUUCCACAACUGGAAAAAAACCCUUAGCACUUGUUUUUAUGGUUCACAUUUGCCAAAUAAGUCUCAUAACUUUGUCAGUGCUGUCCAAUUAUCUGUUUCUUUAUAUCUGCAGUGAAUAUCUUAUGCAUUUGUGCCAAAAUAUUAGAGGGGGAGGGGAGAAAGUGAUAAUCAGUUUCCUAUGGAAAUCUUUUUUUCUUGUUUUUUAAUCUAUGAAAGACAAACAAGCUGGAUGUGGCUGUGGGAAGGACUGACUGGGAUGGACUUGAGGAUGGUUUUGAUAAAGCUUUAAUCCUGCAAACUUCUGUGCUCCCAGAUGUGCAUGGGGGCAGCUGUGGGAGUGCCCUGAUCCAUUGGGGGAACUGAUUGGAUCAAACACCCACCAGGAAUUCCCAUGCACCUGCUUUUCCAGCUGCUUGUUCUUCUGAGACCUCUGCCAGCCUCUCCUGGUUUGCCAAACCCACCACUUCUGGAGCUGAGAGGAUGAGAUGCCACCGGAACAGAUCCCAGAGGCUACUGCUUCUGCUUGAAAUGCAGAUGAAGGGAUGGAUUAGGGAUUUUCCUUCCAGAAACAAGAAAUUACCUUUUUUAAACAUCUGAAAUGUAAAUUCUGAGGAAGACUCUCAGUGGUGGACAUGCUCCUGAUGACACAGGCACUUUGGAAUAUCCUGUGACUGAAUGUGGACUGGAGCUGUUCCUGUGCAGCACAGCAGUAGCAGCAGUGGAGGCUUUUAGGAUGUUUAAGUUGUUAAAUUUUACAGUGUAUCUGAUCUGAGUUACAGCUCUGACUGCACAGACUGGGGCAAGGAAGGAGCCAUAUAAAAUACGAUUUUUUAGGGCCAUUUACAAAGCAGAUCUGUUGUCACCAUGGAUUGGUUCAGCACUGGUUCAGAUAUAGGUUUCUAACAUAGCUGCAAAGAAAAAUUUAUCCUGAAUUUUGUAGAAAUAUUUGACUUUUGGCUGUUUUAAUGAGAGGGAAAAAAUCUGCUCUCUAAAAUGGCCCCAGGUUUCCUCCAUAAGUGUCUUACUUGCUUAUUUUGGUGACAAAUGUUGUUGUCCUCAUAAUCACAGAGGAAUUUGGACUCUGGUGCCUCGUGUAUUAACAAUAAAAAUGACAUCUGAAAUCCCAGAGCCAGGGAUUAUAGGUGAUGGUGUGAGCAGGAGCCCAGCCUGAUCCAGAGGCCACAAGUGGGAACAAAUCCCAGCUUUGAUAUGAAGUUUGCACACAGAGUCACCUCCUCACCAGCCUGGAUUUCCGCUGGGAACCAGAGCUACAGCUCCUUGCUAAAGGAUAGUUAAUUGCUGACCAUUAUUAAUGGAGGCCUUUUGAAACCCAGCAUUCAGAUGAUGCAUAAAAACUUUGGUUAAUCUCCCCUCAUCAUCCCUUAAGUAAAAUGACUUCCAGUGGAAAAUGUGAGCUGGCCGAGCAGUGCAGUGAGAUAAAGGGGAGAUUAUCUCCACUCCAGUAUUAAUUUCCUCUCUCCCCUUUGUUUGCUGCUCACUAAUUCAUAAAAGCUCUGUUGGUUCUGGAGUCACCUUGGAAAGCCCAGCAGAGUCCUGUGCCCUGGACAAGGGAAGGGAUGGGCCUGGGGCUGAGGUGAGCCCAGGGACGUUCUGCCCACGCUGCCUUGGAUGGUCAUGGAUGCAGAGAUGGAAGGAAGUUCCCAUUCCUGUGGCCACUAAGGACAGGGAUUGGGCUGGGAUUGCUGGGGGCAGCAGGGCCCUGAAGGCACAGGAGGCCCUGAUUUUUCCUACAACUUGACUAAAGCAGCUUUGGUGUGGAGCUCAAAGGGAUGGGAGCAGCCAUGCCCUGGCUCAGAUGGCAGCUCCAGGCUGGAAUAUCCUCUCAUUUCAUGGCAGGCUUGGCUUGUUUCACCAGGAUUUCACCCAUUUUUGCUCCUACAGAGUCAGUAGCAGGACCUUUGACUCUUCCAUGGGUGUAGCUGCACACAGGCUGCUGGCAGAGGACACCGACGGCCCUGUGCUUUUCCACGGCUGUGGUGAUCUGUUUAUUAGUAAUGUAUUGAAUUGCAGGUUGUAUUUUGUGUUAAGCUUGUCUUAGAAGUAAUCCAGCGCUGCCCAUUUGAUUUAAUCUCCAGCAAUCAGUGUGCAUAUGCACAAAGAUGGAGAAAUCCCAUCAUAAGGCAUUUCCCAGGAGCUCUGGCUGCCCCUGAGUGCCAGGAAAAGGCUGAGAGGACCCCUGAGUUACUCUCAGUUUCCUCCCCCUUGGAUCAGCAUAGUUGAGCCCUGCAGGACUCCUCUGCAGGGUGAAGGGUAUUCAGGACUCAUCUCAAGCACCAAGUGGUGACACCUGUGCCUUGAGCUGCUUCCUAACUGGAAAAGCAGGAAGAACCCAGCUCAGUGAAGGACUUCAGCCGUAUCAUAAAGCAUCCAGGAGCUUUCCUGGUUCUCUGAGGUACUGGACAGGCAGGAGGAGGGAAUUUCAUGGAUAUGCUAAGCUAGGAUGAGAACCAGGCCCUCUCUAGUGGUGGCCCAAGCGAUGUGGUUGAGAAGUUCAAUGUUUUUUACUAUGUACAUGCUUUUGUAUUUAUGUGUCUUUCUCGAAGUCAGAUGAAUCCAGUAUUUAAUUUUUAGCAGAAGGGGUAAUCAAGGACUCAGAGCAUUAAAUCUUCCAUCUGCUCUUUGCUGAUGAUUGCUGGAAAUGAGGAGUUUGUGAUGUGAGAACAGAGCUGAGCACGAAGUCCCCCGAGCCCUUGGGAGCCGUGGUGCUGCUGCUGCACCAAGUCAGGGUCUCAGACGGGCCCUUUGUGCUCCUCGGGGCUUGAUGAGGCUUUAAAAACCAAAAACUGUUCCUCCAGAACUGGCUGGGUCAUCUUUGCCCCCUCCAGGCCUGUUUGGUUCCUCUUGUGCUCCCUCCACACCUGGUGGGUUCAUCUCGUGCUCGCUGCAGCCCAUGGGCCCCAGGGCAGCCCCGCGGUGUCCGUGCUGGGCACCCCCAGCUCUGUCCCUGGAUGAUCCAUAGGAGCCUGUUUGUGUUUAGAGUUUAGAGUUCCUCCCCAGCUGUCCAUCCCUGCCCAGCUGUGCCACCUCUGGCUUUCCCCGGCAGCAUUACUGCGUUUGUUACUGUCCCAUGUAUGCCCUCCCCUUCCCAUGUGAAACUGUAAGGUCUGUUUUUGACAUUUUAAUAAACUUUGAUUUGAAAACUGA